UAUCAGACCUGCUCCAACCUCCUCCCAGAGCCAGCAGAGCAGCAGAGGCAGUGGCAGUGGGAGAGGCAGGAGCAGCAGGGCAGCAGAGCUGGAUUGGGGUGUUGAGUCCGGGCUGAGUGGGGGUCAGGCCGUUGCUCUUAGUCCUAGUGCCUGCUGGGGGCGCUCUGCCCAGAACUCCGGGCAGGGGGGACAGGGCAAGGUGCCACCUUAGUCUGGCUGGUGAGGCAGAUGAUGAGUGAUGGGGCAGGCAUGCGGCCACUCCAUCCUCUGCAGGAGCCAGCAGUACCCGGCAGCGCGACCGGCUGAGCCGCGGGGCCAGCAGGUCUUCCUCAAGCCGGACGAGCCGCCGCCGCCGCAACCAUGCGCCGACAGCCUGCAGGAUGCUUUGCUGAGCCUGGGCUCUGUCAUCGACAUUGCGGGCCUGAGAUGGGCUGUCAAGGAGGCCCUGUCAGCUGUGCUCCCCAGAGUGGAGAUUGUCUACACCUACCUGCUGGAUGGGGAGUCCAGGCUGGUGUGUGAGGACCCCCCCCAUGAGCUGCCCCAGGAGGGGAAAGUCCGAGAGGCUGUGAUCUCCCGGAAGCGGCUGGGCUGCAAUGGGCUAGGCCCCUCGGACCUGCCAGGGAAGGCUUUGGCCAGGCUGGUGGCUCCACUGGCUCCUGACACCCAAGUGCUGGUCAUACCACUGGUGGACAAGGAGGCCGGGGCUGUGGCAGCUGUCAUCUUGGUGCACUGUGCCCAGCUGAGUGACAGUGAGGAGUGCAGCCUGCGGGCAGUGGAGAAGCAUACCCUGGUGGCCCUGCGGAGGGUGCAGGCCGUGCAGCAGCGCGGGCCGGGCGAGGCUCCCAGAGCCGUCCAGAACCCCCCAGAAACUGUGGCCGAAGACCAAAAGGGAAAGGUUGCGUACUCCGACCAGGACCGAAAGAUCCUGCAACUGUGCGGUGAGCUGUACGACCUGGAUGCCUCUUCCCUGCAGCUCAAAGUCCUCCAAUAUCUGCAGCAAGAGACUCGGGCAUCCUGCUGCUGCCUCUUGCUAGUGUCCGAGGACAAUCUCCAGCUUUCCUGCAAGGUCAUCGGAGAUAAAGUGCUGGGGGAAGAGAUCAGCUUUCCGUUGACGGGACGCCUGGGCCAGGUGGUGGAAGACAAGAAAUCCAUCCAGCUGAAGGACCUCACCUCUGAGGAUGUGCAACAGUUGCAAAGCAUGCUGGGCUGUGAGCUGCAGGCCAUGCUCUGUGUCCCUGUCAUCAGCCGGGCCACUGACCAGGUGGUGGCCUUGGCCUGCACCUUCAAUAAACUUGGAGGAGAAUUGUUUACAGAGCAGGAUGAGCAUGUGAUCCAGCACUGCUUUCACUACACAAGCACAGUGCUCACCAGCACUCUGGCCUUUCAGAAGGAGCAGAAGCUCAAGUGUGAGUGCCAAGCUCUUCUGCAAGUGGCAAAGAACCUCUUCACUCACCUUGAUGAUGUCUCUGUCCUGCUCCAGGAGAUUAUCACAGAAGCCAGAAACCUCAGCAAUGCAGAGAUUUGCUCCGUGUUCCUGCUGGAUCAGAACGAACUGGUGGCCAAGGUGUUCGACGGGGGCGUGGUGGACGAUGAGAGCUAUGAGAUCCGCAUACCGGCCGACCAGGGCAUCGCAGGCCACGUGGCGACCACCGGCCAGAUCCUGAACAUCCCAGACGCAUAUGCCCAUCCGCUUUUCUACCGCGGUGUGGACGACAGCACCGGCUUCCGCACGCGCAACAUUCUCUGCUUCCCCAUCAAGAACGAGAACCAGGAGGUAAUUGGUGUGGCCGAGCUGGUGAACAAGAUCAAUGGACCGUGGUUCAGCAAGUUCGAUGAGGACCUGGCCACCGCCUUCUCUAUCUACUGCGGCAUCAGCAUUGCCCAUUCUCUCUUGUACAAAAAAGUGAAUGAAGCCCAGUAUCGCAGUCAUCUGGCCAAUGAGAUGAUGAUGUACCACAUGAAGGUCUCUGAUGAUGAAUAUACUAAACUUCUCCAUGACGGGAUCCAGCCAGUAGCUGCCAUUGACUCCAACUUUGCCAAUUUCACCUAUACCCCUCGCUCUCUGCCUGAGGAUGACACAUCCAUGGCCAUCCUGAGUAUGCUGCAGGACAUGAAUUUCAUCAAUAACUACAAAAUUGACUGUCCAACACUGGCCCGGUUCUGUUUGAUGGUAAAGAAGGGCUACCGGGACCCCCCGUACCACAACUGGAUGCACGCCUUUUCUGUCUCCCACUUCUGCUACCUGCUCUACAAGAACCUGGAACUCACCAACUACCUCGAGGACAUCGAGAUCUUUGCCUUGUUUAUUUCUUGUAUGUGUCACGACUUGGACCACAGAGGCACAAACAACUCCUUCCAGGUGGCCUCGAAAUCUGUGCUGGCUGCACUCUACAGCUCCGAGGGCUCUGUCAUGGAGAGGCAUCACUUUGCUCAGGCCAUCGCCAUCCUCAACACCCACGGUUGCAACAUCUUCGACCACUUCUCCAGGAAGGACUAUCAGCGUAUGCUGGACCUGAUGCGGGACAUCAUUUUGGCCACGGACCUGGCCCACCACCUCCGUAUCUUCAAGGACCUCCAGAAGAUGGCUGAAGGGGGCUAUGACCGAACCAACAAGCAGCACCACAGACUCCUUCUCUGCCUCCUGAUGACGUCCUGUGACCUCUCCGACCAGACCAAGGGCUGGAAGACCACAAGGAAGAUCGCAGAGCUGAUCUACAAAGAAUUCUUCUCUCAGGGGGAUUUGGAGAAGGCCAUGGGCAACAGGCCAAUGGAGAUGAUGGACCGUGAGAAGGCCUACAUCCCCGAGCUGCAGAUCAGCUUCAUGGAGCACAUCGCAAUGCCCAUCUAUAAGCUGUUGCAGGACCUGUUCCCCAAAGCGGCAGAGCUGUAUGAGCGUGUGGCCUCUAACCGUGAGCACUGGACCAAAGUGUCCCACAAGUUCACCAUCCGUGGCCUCCCAAGCAACAACUCGCUGGACUUCCUGGAUGAGGAGUAUGAGGUGCCUGAUUUGGACGGCACUCGGGCCCCCAUCAAUGGCUGCUGCAGUCUGGAUGCUGAGUGAUCCCCUCCCAGGACCCUUCCCUGCCCAGGCCUCCUCCCACUGCCCUCCACUGGUCUGGCCAGACCCACUGGGAACCAGAGUCACUGGACUCUAGACCAGGACUUCCCAUGUGAUGCUGGGCAAGUGCUGACCUUCCUGGCCCUCAGCUUUCUUGUCUGUAUAACGGAAGCAAGACUUCCAGCCUCACUGAGACUUUGUGAUUUGUCCUUUGAGAGUACGGGGUGACCAAAUGAGCAGUGGGCCCCGCUCUCUGCCUCUGAUCGCACCUCCCAAGCCAUUCUUUCUCUGAGCAGCUUGAUGGUUUCUCCUGUGCUUCAUUCUGCCACACCAGGUCUGUGCCCUUUUCCGCUGGAGGACCUCCACCCCUUGGGGUCUCUAGGAUCCUCAUGGGAGGGGAAGGUGGGACACCUGAGUGAACAGAGGGUGAGGCCUUGUAAACAUCCUUACAAACAGUUUUGCUGGAGGACUAGAAAUAGCCAAGCAGCACAGGUGCCCCCGAGGACCACCACUAUACUGAUGGUGGGGUGGGACCUGGGGGUUAUGCGAACCCCAGGAGGAAGCUGCCAGAGAGGCAGCUCAGCACUCUGGGGAGAGGGAGCUCAGGAAGAAAGCAGGAUGACAGUGAUGGGCAAGAAGGGUCCCUGCACUAGGAGACAGGCCCAGGCAUGCGUCAGCCAUGCCUCUCCCUGCCUGUGUGAUCCUGGGCAAGUCCCUCCCUCUGUCUUGGAAAAACAUGAGGGUAAGACAAUCCAUUUUCUAAGAUCCAUUGUAGAUCAGUAUCUAAAAUGGCUUCAUAGUUCUGUGGAGUCCCACAGAGGCUUUGGAAUGUCUCUGUCACCCUAAGGCACAGACAGCCCAACCCUGAGUCCCUCAGUGGCCCCCUGAGUGUAUCCCCUCAGCCCAAGCUACUCUCUCUUCCUGCAGCCAGAGAGAGACCUGGCCUUAGCCCUGGCAGGGCUUUCUCCUCUUCAAGGCCAUAUCCACCUGUGCCCCGGGGCUUGGCCUCUUGGGUCAGCCCAGCCGCUGGCUUCUCUCUUCUCUGUUUUGUUCUGUAUGUGUUGUGGGGUGGGGGGAGGGGGGCCACCUGCCUUACCUAUUCUGAGUUGCCUUUAGAGAGAUACGUUUUUCUAGGACUCUGUGCAACUGUUGUAUAUGGUCCCGUGGGCUGACUGCUUUGUACAUGAGAAUAAAUCUAUUUCUUUCUACCAA